AUGCAAGUGGAUCUGAUCCCUGGGACAAUAAUACUGUUCAUUGUCUUUCUGAUCAUAUUCUGGGUCUUCCGGUUUCAGCAAGAAAGAGCCAGGUUUCCUCCUGGACCAACACCCUGGUUCUUUCUGGGGAAUCUACUGCAAAAAGAUGCUCUGCCUGUGUAUAAAACCUACCCCAAGCUUGCUAAGAAGUAUGGUCCAGUUUUUACUAUCUGGCUAGGACCAAAGCCAUUGGUGGUAGUUUGUGGAUAUGAGGCAGUGAAAGAUGCCCUGAUAACUCAUAGUGAAGAAUUUGGAGGACGAUCUCCUGUACCUAUCCUUGAUGAAGUAACCAAGGGCUAUGGGAUUAUUGGUGAAGAUGAAAGAUGGAAGGUUCUGCGUCGCUUUACUCUUACCACUUUGAGGAACUUUGGAAUGGGAAAGAAGUCAAUGGCUGAACGGAUGUCAGAAGAAGCUUGUUGUUUGGUGGAGAAAAUAUCAAGCUUUGAAGAUCAGCCUUUUGAUGUAGUCCCAACCAUUGCAGCUGCUGUUUCUAAUGUGAUGUGUGCUGUUGUCUUUGGGAAACGAUUCUCUUAUGAUGAUAAAAUCUUCAUUGAAAUAUUAGAAAUUUUGAAGGCAUUCAUAGGUUUCUUUUUGAGUGCUCCUGGAAUGGUGUACAGCGCAAUGCCAAGUCUCAUGAAAUUCCUUCCUGGACCUCACAAUAGAGCUGUCACUGACUGUACCAAGAUUUGUGACUACGUUAGGACUAGAGUGGAGUCUCACAAGAAGACCUUGGAUCCAGACAAUCCCAGAGACUUUAUUGAUUGCUUCCUCAUUAAAUUAGAAAAGGAACGAAAUUCUAAUGUUAUCUGUAUGGAAGAUUUGGUCAUGACUGUGUUUGAGCUGUUAAUUGCUGGAACAGAUAGCACAGCCAAUGCUAUUGCAUAUGGUAUUAUCCUUCUGGCCAGGUUCCCAGAAGUCCAAGUGCAUUUUGAUCCUCUCUGCUGGGAUAAUCCUAGGACAUUUGACCCAGCUCAUUUCUUGGAUAAGAAUGGUGAAUUCCAAAAGAAAGAUGCCUAUUUGCCUUUCUCUGCAGGGAAGAGAGUAUGUCCAGGAGAGUCAUUGGCUAAUAUGGAAAUCUUCAUAUCGUUUACCAAUCUGCUCCAGAACUUCACUUUUGAAUUGACUAUGGACCCUAAGGAGAUAGAUUUAGAGAAUUUGUUUAUGGGCUGUAGAGAGAAUGGGAAGCAUCGGUACAUUCGAGCUAUCAAACGUAAAAUAUAA